AUGGAAGUUACCAGGGGCAUGUCAGAUGUGAAGGAAUCACAGUCUCUUGACAACCUGAAGGAGGUGUUUGAAAAGCUCCAGGUCCUGAUGGGGGAGGAUGACCUGGACCAGCUGGUCAAUAGUUUCAUCCAGGCUGAGGACCGGAACUUGGCUUUACUCAAGUUUGUCAAUGAGCAAAACAGUGAGGCCGAGAAGUUAAAGGAACAGAUCAAUAAGAUCAAAGCAGAGACGGAGACGUUUCAGCGUGAAGGUCUGCAGCGGGAGCAACAGCAUCACUCCGUGUUGAAGGACAUGGAAGAAAAAUUAAAGAAAACCAAAUCUCAAGUAGAGACUUGUGAAAACCAAGCUGGCGCUCUCAGCAAAAUCCUGGAUGGAAUCAAAACAGGGGUGAACAACAUCUUCUCUGAAAUACGCUGCGACCGCGCAGCAGUGGAGGACAAGCUGGGCUUCUCCUCAGGGAUCACGGAGAACACAAUCAUGUCCUACCUGGAUCUGGUGGAGGAGAAGACCAACGAGCUGCUCGCUGUGCAUGCUUUCCUUAAGUUUAAGGAUCAGGAGGAUGACUUCAACCCAACAGACCUGGCAAAAAGCCUUCUAGGUCAGAAUCCAGAGUUCCUCAAACGAGACCUAAUGAUGCAGCCAUCUGCCGGCAGUUUGGAGCAUAGCGCCGAAGAGUCUCCAGUCACCGAUGAGGAACGGCCCCUUUCGCAGGAGGAACUUCGCAGGAAAAUAAUGAAAAACAGAGCAGAGAGCUCAACCUCCACAAGGAGCAACACAAGCGCCAAAGAGAGAUUACAGGCUUAGCAGCAAACGGCAUAUCCAGGAGGAUGGACCGACGUUAACGGCAGCAGUCAGCGUCGUGAUUGUCGCCGCUGCUUUUAAUCAAAUACUCAUAAGCCUUUUUCCAAAAAUUACUGUGCUACCUAAAUAUCACACAAAGUAGUUAUGCCCUGACUGGCUAUCAGCAUCUGUUAGAACUGUUGUUAUUCACAAUCUGAAUCCACUUAAGCAAUCUUUACAUUCCCUGUUUCCUGGUGGGACUCUUCCGUCUGAUCUUUCAUUAAAGAUAGCAGCAAAAUUAAAAACAACUGGAGAUUUAACACCUGAUAAACUAUUCUUGCAACUUUUUUUUAAUGACCAUUUGCAAUGUUUAAAUGUGAACAUAGUAGUUUCAAAAUAUUGCAAUGGUUGUGACAUUUUUACAGCUAUUUGCUAUUCACCUGUAUCCUUCAAAUGUUUGGAAGGGUUAAUUUUUCUUUUUAUAUCCAUGGUGUUUUAAAAAAUAAAAGCAUUCUGUUUAC